AUGGUCGUGAAAGAUCUCUCUAGGUCUGCCAUGCCUCCACAGAGGUCUGUGGGUCAUCCAUCGAAAAUAAAUCGAUAUUGUGCCAGCGAUAGUAAAUUUCUAUGAUGCAAUCGUUAAUAACACCAAACACAUAGAAAACAAAUGACAUGCAUAACAAAGCAAUUAGGUUUAAAGCAAAUAAGGAUUAAAUCUAUAUUAUUCUUAUUCAAUGUUUCAGUAUUGGGUGACACAAUGCUUCACAGAAAAUUUUAAUAAGUUAAAUCGGAUUUGCUUUUCAUAGACUCUGCUAACUUACUCAUUUCAUAUUCAAACACGUCUAUUUACCCACAAGCAGAAAUUAAUUAUGAUUUUAUGAAUAAAAAUGAGACAUCAAAAAAGUCAUAAUGGUGAUGGCAUUAAAUGUGUGGAGAUAAAUAUCUUUUGAAAUCCAGAAUGUGAAUUGAAAUUGACCGCUUUGUGUCAUUUAUUUAGAAUAAAGUUGGAUUUCUUUAGACUACAACCAGAUGCUUUAUAACUACUCGUAUUUGCUCUACAUUUCAAAGCUGUUUUUCUCAUUUUGAACAAAGUUUAUGCUACCGGCAUAAAGAGAAAAAAAUGGUUCUCGACAGGUUUUCCAUUGAGAGGAUUUCGUUGGCAACGUAGAUGUAUAAAUAUCACAAGUUUUUCCUUCUAAAGGAGACUGAAAAAGUGUAUUUUAUCCGACAAAGAAAAUGUCUUUCUUUGAUUGAUCUCAAAGCUAAUAACGUUAAAAUUGUUAGAGGUAAAAAUAAUAUUUACCAACCUUAGCUUUAAUCUCCUCAAAUUUGCAAUAUACAACUGUUUUCUUUGAGUUAUGUUCUUCCUGAUUUGCACUUUUAGGCUCCACAACUCAGCCAUGAUGUUAAUAACAUAUUUUUAAAACGUCUAGGGUCAAGCGUGAACAAACAAGUGUUCCCGAAUUCCCACUAUAUAAGUUAUUAGCUAAAAUGUGAUAAAAUGUAAGAAACUAAUCAUAUCAGCGACAAGAAGAGCGGUCGAAAUAAGAUUAGCUAUUUGGUGAUAUGGAGUUUAGUUGCCAUUUGAUUCUGGUUUAGAGCUCUGCUUUUACCUUAAUGACUCACCAGAUUACCCUCUUAAAUCUUCAGGGUAUCUACUGAUUUCUAAAGUAAAAGAAAGAAAAAUUUACAAGCUAGAACUCAAUCAUAAUUCUACACCGAUAAAACUUUUAGCAAUAUCUACCUAAUGAAAAGAUGAGACGGGUACUGUGCUCUAACUUGGGAAUAUUACCUGGCUACCAAACAGUUGGUUCAUACGGCGGCGCGCGUUCAUCGAGAUAUGAAGCACUUGGGAAGUUUGGAUAG